GAAUGGCAUUGAUCUGAUACCAUAUCAUGCACGCACCACUGAUAAAUGUGCGAGAGCGUUGGGAGAAGGGGUGUUUAGUUGUUGGUGGAUACUGUUAAUGUAAUUCAGUUAUGUCUGUGUGUGGAGGGCUAGAGAUGAGAAGGAACACGAGUAUGAUGUAUUUGCGCUGGUACCGGUACUUGCUUGAAGCAUAUCGCCACCGUGUUCGCAGAUAAAUGAGGCUUACAAACAGCGAAACAGGGACGUACAAUACGAAUUUUAUAUUAGAAUAUCACGACCUUCGAAUAUCGGAGUCAGAGAAGAAGGAAACUUCUGAUUCUCAGGGGUGUGCAGGCUCUGAGGGGUCUGCAGCCUCUGAGAGCUCCUCAGCGUUUCACUGCUUCCUGGCAGGCCUAGCAUGGAUCUUGACAAUUCUUCACUUCACCAAGAAAAAUAAGGUUUCGACAGAAUGUGAUGUUAUCCCGAAUUCUGCACCGAAACUAAUAAAAGUGGAACCGACAGCAGAGAAUAAACCAAUUUUGUCUGUUGGUAAUUCAUCUUCACAUGAUGAUAUCUUGCAGUCACCAGCAAAAUCUGGGCAAGGAAACAACGAGGCGGUUAAGAUCAAGAUAGAAAGUCCAACAUGUGAUGAUGUGAAAUCAACUACUUCUGAGAGAUCAAAAUCAAUCCAGAAGAAAGAAGAGAAGAGAGAUGGUUGCAAAUCACCAAAUAAGGUUCAAGCAACACCUCAGACAGAUUGCAUUGAUCUGAAAGAAAAGAGCCCGAUCAGAGUGGUUGGAUCUCCAUCUCCAAGUUCUGCUUCUUCCUCCGCCAUGAGAAAUUAUAGUCAAAGUGAGACAACAAAAAAAGCAGAAGAUGGCAAACAACUAUCUUCUAAGAUUCCAUUCAAUCCCGAACACAAUUUAGGUGUUUCACAAGGAAAGACAUCCAGCUCUGUAAAUGAUUCUCCAACUUCUGAACCACUUUCACUGGAUGGUGAACAAGACGAGCCAGUCAGGAAAGAUGGGAACAACAACAAAUUAUCUUUGGAACUUCAAGCAAAACCUGAAAUGAUUUUGGACGAUUUGCAAGAAAAGGCUUCAGUGUUUGUGAACGAUCUUCUGACUUCGGAUUCCUUGAAAAUCAAACUGUCCGCAGCGGUCAGGGAGAGUAUGGAUGGUGGAAGAAUACCUUCAAAGUUACCAGCACAGAAUGAAACAAUCAGUGAUAACUUGAAUGAACAAUCCCAAGUUAACAAUUCGGAUUUGACGAAAUUCAUCAAGUCUGAGGAAAAAGUACAAGACACUUUGGAAACAUCUUCUCAGGUUUCAGCAACUUGCGAAAACAAGGGAGCUGAUGAGGGACAUGAGAAAAUUUUGAGCGAUAGUGUUGAAUCUCUCCCAUCAGAUAUUUCUGUCUCUAAUGGAAACUCGACAGCAGAACAAGUGCUUGAUCUGGAAUUGCCAGUUCAGACUGAAUCUGUACUUGAAUGCAAAUUGACCGAUUUGCUAGAAAAGAACUCGGAAUCCGAGAUCGAUUCUUCAAUAUCCGAUGCGCUUUUGUUUGAUGUCAAACAUGAGGAAUCCAAGGAUAUUGACGCUGGCAAGAAGUUAUAUUCUGAGAGUCAAGUAAGAUCUGAAAAGAUUUUGGAUAAUUUGCAAGCAAACACUUCAGUUUCUACGAAUGAUCCUCAAACUUUCGAUUCUCUCAAAAUGGAACAGGAUGCGACGAUCAAGGAAAUUGGAAAUGGUGAUAAAAUACCAUUGAAGUUACCAGCUCAGGAGGAGACGAUCAGUGAUAACUUGAAUGAACAAUCUCAAGUUAACAAUUUGGAUUUGACAAAAUUCAUAAAGGCUGAUGAAAAAGUGCAAGACACUUUGAAAACAUGUGUUCAGGUUUCAGCAACUUUCGAAAACAAGGGAGCCGAUGAGGGACAUGAGAAAAUCUUGAGCGAUAGUUUGGAAUCUGUCGCAUCAGAUAUUUCUGUCUCUAACGAGAACUCAACAGCAGAACAAGUGCUUGAUCUGAAAUUGCCAGUUCAGACUGAAUCUGUACUUGAAUGCAAAUUGACCGAUUUGCGAGAAAAGAACUCAGAAUCCGAGAUCGAUUCUUCAAUAUCCGAUGCGCAUUUGUUUGAUGUCAAACAUGAGGAAUCCAAGGAUAUUGACGAUGGCAAGAAUGAGAGUCAAGCAAGAUCUGAAAAGAUUUUGGAUAAUUUGCAAGCAAACACUUCAGUUUCUACAAAUAAUCCUCAAACAUUUGAUUCUCUCAAAAUGGAACAGGAUGCGACAAUCGAGAAAAUUGGAAAUGGCGAUAAAAUACCAUUAAAGUUACCAGCACGGGAGGAAACAAUCAAUGAUAACUUGAAUGAACAAUCUCAAGUUAACAAUUCGGAUUUGACAAAAUUCAUCAAGUCUGAGGAAAAAGUGCAAGACACUUUGAAAACAUUGUCUCAGGUUUCAGCAACUUGCGAAAACGAGGGAACCGAUGAGGGGCAUGAGAAAAUCUUGAGCGAUAGUGUUGAAUCUCUCGCAUCAGAUAUUUCUGUCUCUAACGGAAACUCAACAGCAGAACAAGUGCUUGAUCUGAAAUUGCCAGUUCAGACUGAAUCUGUACUUGAAUGCAAAUUGACCGAUUUGCUAGAAAAGAACUCAGAAUCCGAGAUCGAUUCUUCAAUAUCCGAUGCUCUUUUCUUCAAUGGCAAACAUGAGGAAUCUAAGGAUAUUGACGCUGGCAAAGAGUUUUAUUCUGAGGUUUCAGCAACUUGCGAAAACAAGGGAGCCGAUGAGGGACAUGAGAAAAUCUUGAGCGAUAGUGUUGAAUCUCUCGCAUCAGAUAUUUCUGUCUCUAACGGAAACUCAACAGCAGAACAAGUGCCUGAUCUGGAAUUGCCAGUUCAGACUGAAUCUGUACUUGAAUGCAAAUUGACCGAUUUGGUAGAAAAGAACUCAGGAUCAGGGAUCUAUUCACCAAUAUCCGAUGCUCUUUCUUUUGAUGGCAAACAUGAGGAAUCCAAGGAUAUUGACGAUGGCAAGAAGUUACGUUCUAAGAGUCAAGCAAGAUCUGAAAAGAUUUUGGAUAAUUUGCAAGAAAACCCUUCAGUUUCUACAAAUGAUCCUCAAACUUUUGAUUCUCUCAAAAUGGUCAAGGAAAUUGGAAAUGGCGAUAAAAUACCAUUGAAGUUACCAGUACAGGAGGAAACAAUCAAUGAUAAUUUGAAUGAACAAUCUCAAGUUAACAACUCGGUUUUAACAAAAUUCAUCAAAUCUGAGGAAAAAGUGCAAGAGAUUUUGAAAACAUCUUCUCAGGUUUCAGCAACUUGCGAAAACAAGGGAGCCGGUGAGGGGCAUGAGAAAAUCUUGAGCGAUAGAGUUGAAUCUUUCGCAUCAGAUAUUUGUGUCUCUAGCGGAAACUCCACAGGAGAACAAGUGCUCGGUCUGAAAUUGCCAGUUCAGAUUGAAGAUAAACCUGAGCACAGAUUGACUGAUGUUCAAGGAAAGACUUUAGUCACUGUGACUGAACCUUCAGCUUCCUCUUCCAUCUCUUUGAACAGAGAACUACAGGAAUCAAGCAGGAAGGUUGAAGACGGCAAACCAUUGCAGUCUAAGAAUGAUAUCCAACUCCAUUUCAAAUUAAAUGAUGCAAAGAAAAAAGUUUCAGUUUACGAGACGAAUUCUUUAUCGUUUAAUACAAAACAAGACCAGACAGUUGGAAAUGAUUCGAAAAUUAUAUUUCGAGACCGUAGACUAGCAAAAGUGGAUGGAAAUCCUUUCCAAAAUUCAACAAAAAUUCAUGGAGAUUACGGAAUAAAACCGAAAGCAGACAAAAAAACUCUUCCUAUACCGAUUCGGAGAUGUGGAGUAAAAUUUGACAAUAAACUGAAGACUUUAAGCAGACAGAUUCCAUUCUAUGGCGAGGGAUGCGUAAAGUUUUUAGAAUCCAAUUCGGAUGAAGAAGGCGAAGAAUAUUUCGAAAUAAACGAAGAUGUUGACAGUGAUGAUUCGGACACUCAAAAUAAUGACGGAAUAAUAGAAAAGUUGGACGGACCCCUGGAAGAAAAUCAUCAUGAUGGUGCGGGAUUUCGUAUCAGCAACAGAGAGGAAGAAAAUCUUUUUCUGCAGCUCGAAGGCUUUUGUAUUGAAGGUACAAAAUUCACUCCGAAGCCUCCUCCAGAAGAGAAAGAAAUAAUGGAAGAGAUCGAUGCCGGCUGUGAUGAAGUUGUUGAGCCAAGCCGAGUGGAAACCAACAGACGACGAAUGUCAACAAGAAGAGGACCAAUGGCAGACUUCAACAACACACUCCAAGUAUUGAGCAGAGAAAUUCCACAUUAUGGUGGUUUCAGAAAACACAGGAAUUAUGGAAUUGAAUUGGAUGAAAAUAAGGAAGAUGAUGAAGAUAUGGAAAACAUUGAGGAAUUCAUAAUACAUGGUGAUUCGGAUACUUCUAUCGGAGAAGAAAGCGAAAAUAAAUAUUGUGAAAACAUCAGUUCGAAUGAAUUGUUGGAAGAAAUUGAAGAAAAGAUCGAUAAAGAAGAUGACAAACUUUCUUCGAAUUGGGAAGUAAACUCACCAGCCAUUAAAUCACUUUUGGAUAAGAAGCAAAAGGGUGGCAAGAAGAAAAAUCAAAAGCAAGUUGCUCUAAGACAAGCUGCAACAGCAAAUAAAUCCUGUCUACCUGACAACAAAAAGAAGGGUGAUGGAAAAUCCACAAAACAACCUAAAGGCAGUACUGGAAAAUCCUCUGGUAAAAAGCCAAUGGCUCAAAGUGGAAAUGCGGAUGACACAUCGAAGAAAAAGGCAACAAAAAAAUCUGAUCUGCCAUUCAAAAAACGGAAAGGGAAAUUCAAAGGUGUACGCAAGGCAUUGGGCAAAAUAAUACCACACCAAGAUCAUAGCAAGGACAAUCCCCAACGCAAUGUGAAAAAAAAUAAAGGUGAAAUGAAACAACAAAAUUCCAAUGACAUAAUUGAAAUUGAAAAAGAUUCAUCAUAUGAUGAGAUGAAUGCUGUGAAACAAGAGGAAAUUGUGCCAUUCAUUAGUGCUGGUAAAGUACAGUCUUAUGAUAGGCAGAUUCCUGUUAAAAAUGACAAGAUCGCCAAAAAGAACAGAAAUGAUGAUAUUGACUCGUCUUCUGGCGACGAAAGCAUCAUAUUUCUGACCGAGCCAUCCUCGAAAAAAGUUCCAUGUGCAAAAAAAUUUUUUCGUUCUGUUAGAAGCAGAUUAUAAGCGUUUUGCAUUUGAGCAAAAUUAUGAUGAAAUCUUUUGAUUCAUUUAAUUGUGCCAUUGGUUUGGUUUAUUUCGCAUUUUAGCGAUAUUCCAAUACAAUAUAUUUUUUACAUAGGUUUCCAAUUACUUCGACUGGGUUUGGGCGCUUAAGCAGAUAACUGAGCUAGUCAACAUAUGCGUAUUGUUGGUAGAUGUCAGCGACAUAUACUGUGUUUCCUUGCUUUUGACUGGUUUGAAGUCUGAGCCGAGGUUGUAAUGUACACCCCCUUGUUUGCCGUCGCAUCGCAAAUUACCCUUCGUCGGUACUUAGGGCUGGGCAUUUCGAAUCAAAUAUCUUGCAUAUUAAUAGUUUUUUAUUCAAAUCGGUUCAGACGAAAAUUUGAGGUGGCCGCCAUCUUAUUUUUUUUUCUUGUACGCCAAAGGCGAAUUUUAUUGAAGUCCUAUUGUAUUUCUGUAACGUUUCGUCAGAAGAAAAGUUCACAACAACUCAAUUCUGACAUAAGAAUAUUUUCUUCCUUGUGAGUUAGUGACGAGUUUAUGAUUGUUUCUUAUUGUUUGG